AUGAAUGAAAACCAAAUCUCUUACUCAAUUCCAUCCUCUGACUAUUGGGAACCAUGGUUGAUCGGUUUACUAGCAACAGGUCAAUUACUGAUGACACUGGGCGUUCUCGCCAUGGAAAUUGGCAAUGCAAUCGUCGAUUUAUUUCGAGCUAAUGUCUAUUCAGGUUUUUGGUCGUGUCCAUUCAUGCUUGCAGCAGUACUUGCAACGUAUGCCUAUGUUUGUACGAAAAGAACGCGAACGAAGUCAUUCAUCGCUUUAAUUCUUCAAUCGAUUUCAAUUCUUGUCGUUCUAUUGGUUCUGGCAUUUUUGAUUGCAAUUAUUGCUAGUAAUUUUAGUUUAUGUUUGGGUAUUCAGUGUUCUCAGGAAGCAUCGACUUAUUUUUCGACCACGACUUACAAUUUUCUCAAACGCGCGUUCAUUUUAUGCGAAUUUCUCUGUGCGAUUAUUUAUAUCGUAUUCGCAUUUAUUUACGUUUUUCUAUUUAUUCAACGUUAUCAGAAAUCAACACGUGUGAAUCCAACGGCGUAUGUUCCAUCAGCACGAACGACAAUCUUACGUCGACGAUUGCCGGCAUCAUCGCGAAAAGCUCGAUGGAAGAUCGGUUCGAACCGACUGGAUGUGAACGAACGCGUCUAUGUUUUGUCUUCCACGUUAUCGACGUAUAGCGGUGCUCAACAAGUGUGUCCGAUUUGUAAACACAUUUCGUUAUAUAUUCCCCAGGGGAAUAUUGUUCAAUGUCCAAAAUGCGCCUAUCAAUCACCAUUCGUCGAACACGCACAACAAUAG